GGCGUCCAGGCGGCGGCGGCGGCGGCGGCUCCUCAGUGUCCGGUCAGGCUCCGGCCCGCGAUGCCCCACUCCGUGACCCUGCGCGGGCCUUCGCCCUGGGGCUUCCGCUUGGUGGGCGGCCGGGACUUCAGCGCUCCCCUCACCAUCUCACGGGUCCAUGCUGGCAGCAAGGCUGCACUGGCCGCCCUGUGCCCAGGAGACCUGAUCCAGGCCAUCAAUGGUGAGAGCACAGAGCUCAUGACUCACCUGGAGGCACAGAACCGCAUCAAGGGCUGCCACGAUCACCUCACACUCUCCGUGAGCAGGCCUGAGGUCAGGAGCUGGCCCAUUGCCCCUGAUGACAGCAAGGCUCAGGCACACAGGAUCCACAUCGACCCUGAGGCCCAGGAUGGCAGUCCAGUGACCAGCAGGCGAUCCUCAGCCACCGGGAUUGGGCCAGAAGAUGGCAAAUCAGGCCUGGGAUCUUCGUAUGGGCAUCCACCUCGCCUUCCAGUCCCUUACAAUGGCAGCAGCAAUGAGGCCACUCUGCCAGCCCAUAUGAGCACCCUGCACGUGUCUCCACCCCCCAGCGCUGACCCAGCCAGAGGCCUCCCGUGGAGCCGGGACUGCAGAGUUGACCUGGGCUCGGAGGUGUACAGGAUGCUACGAGAGCCAGCCGAGCCAGCUGCCGCGGAGCCCAAGCAGUCAGGCUCUUUCCGCUACUUGCAGGGCAUGCUGGAGGCCGGUGAGGGCGGGGAGCGGCCCGGGCCCAGCGGCCCCCGGAACCUCAAACCCACGGCCGGCAAGCUGGGCGCUCCGCUGAGUGGCCUGCAGGGGCUGCCCGAGUGCACGCGCUGCGGCCACGGGAUCGUGGGCACCAUCGUCAAGGCACGCGACAAGCUCUACCACCCUGAGUGCUUCAUGUGCAGCGACUGCGGCCUGAACCUCAAGCAGCGCGGUUACUUCUUUCUGGAUGAGCGGCUCUACUGCGAGAACCACGCCAAGGCUCGCGUCAAGCCGCCCGAGGGCUACGACGUGGUGGCAGUGUACCCCAACUCCAAGGUGGAACUCGUCUGAGCCGGGACCUCCCAUCCCUGCCCCUGCUUCUUUUAAUGUCCCCGCGCGGCCCGUGUAAAUAUGUGUUUCUGUCUGCCUCAUUAAUAAAGGCCCUCUGCUUGGCCUCCAACCUUUCAGUGCCCUGGCCUGCCACCUCUGGCACAGGCCAUGGCCCCCAAGUGCUCUAACAUCUGUUUAGGUGCCAGGCAUGUCCUAGGCACCGGGUGCAACAGUGAGCAAGACAGGCACUAUGCUGCCCUCAAGGGGGCCACAGCCUAGGUGGAUGGCCAACCUGAAUUUCAAGGGGCAGCUGUAUUAAUAGGAAGGAGGCGUGCUUAAUUUUCCAGCGUGAAAGAGAAGGAAGGUUUUAGAAAGAAAGAACACUUGCCCAGGGCCGCUUUCCCCUCCAAGAUGCUCCUUCCUAUCUCGAAAGUCAGGAGUAAAUUCCACCCCUCCUCAGAGGUCCCACUGUUACUGCCUGCUGGGUCUGCCUUGGGCCUUUCAUGCUUUGGUUGCACACACUGGUACAGACUCAAACUUUUUAAAGAUAUAAAUGGUGUCAGAGUUGGUGAAUUGUGGCUGUUCACACCCAAGGAUGUGUCUGGACACGUGGAUCUACCCCCUAGUGUGCUUUCUCCAGACAAGAAACUGACUUGUUUUAUUUAAUCCCUGUUUAUUUAGUGAGCCCCUAGUAUUGUACAUUUGUGCUGUUUUCAAUUUUGUGCUAUCACAAACCACAAAAGACUGUUAUCAGUUCACACUGUCACAAUCAACACACAACAGCACUCAUUUCCUUACACUCUUGCCAACACAGGAUAUUCGCAUUAUUAAUUUGUUUUUAAUCUUUGCCAAAUUGGUAAGUAAAACAUGGUAUGUAGUUGUUUCAA